CGGAGGACGUGUACCCAAGGCACUCUACGAUGUCGAGUUUAGACCGGCGUGAUGACAACAGGGAGUCUGGCGGUAGCGACCGCAGACCGUACAGGACGCCGACAUGCUAUAACUGUCAAGAACCUGGGCACUAUGCAAAUCAGUGCCCUAAUCGAGACAGGAAACACCAUGUGAGUCGACCAGCGACCUCGAGCAACUCUAGGAGGACGAGAUCUCCACGGAGAUAUGAAUCAGGGAGGUACUACUCACCACCGAGGAAAGAUGUUGAGUUGCGCGAGAAGUUGGUCGCACUGUCCCAAGGGUUCGCGACUAUGAAGGAGCACAUCGACGCUGAAAGGGCGAAGAAGGAGGAGAAAGCCAGAAGAAAAAUGGAGAAAGUGCGGGAGAAAGAGGAAGACAGACGCAGGCUGGAAGAAGAGGAAGCUCGAAGGCAGGAGGAAGAAGCACGACAAGAUGCGAAGAAACGGAAGAAGCAAGAGAAAGCCAAGAAGGAAGCUAUCCUGAGGGCAGAAAUGAAGAAGGAUGUGACCCUGCACGCGGCGAUGAUGAUGAACGAAAUAAAGGAUGAUUGGAUUAACAGUUGGAAGACAUCGGUGAUGCUGACACUUCUAGCUGGAACGAAGGACGUGAAGGGAAAGAAGAAAGUCGAGUGCGCCUUGAAUGAGGGUAUGUCGACAGACCACGGUGACGAAGGAAGCGAGACUAGCGUCACGCAGGAGCUAAAUGAGAAGACAAGACAACUAUGUAUCAACGAGAAGCGUAAGAGGGAGGACAACGUGGGGUUUGAGGAUAGCCCACCAAUGCAGCUACCUCCCAAGAGAACUCCACGGAAGUGCGACAUUAGACCUGUGGAGCUAAACGAGAGGAUGGCGAGAUCGAAGGCUAAGAAAAAAUUUGCUCGAACACCUGUCCAAGUAAAAAGAAGGACACCAAUCAAGACCCCACUCGCCAAAGUUGUGAAGUCAGCCAAGAAGAAAUCGCCGCCAAGUGGCCGUCUCACUCCAGCAAGCAGAGCUUUGACCCGACUGCGUUAUCGUGAUGCUGUGUUGAGAGAACUGAAAGACUGCAGCGCUGAUGAACUCCAACGCAUUUGCAGGGAGGAAGGCUUGCACUACGAGGGGAAGGUCGAUGCUAUCCUUGAUAUUGCCGAGUAUCGUUCGAGACAACAGUUUCCGGAGAUCGGUAAGGAGAUAGAAGUCAUCCCGAUCAGCGAGUCUGUCGAGACUGGACCUGAGAACACGCCCGCUGAUGACAAGGAGUGAAGUGGGUUCGACUCGGCACGAUGGUGGGAAGUCUGCAGAUACAUCACUAGCCUUCGUUGUAACUCGAAUGUCGUCGACCGUAAGUUGGAACAUUUGCUCCACCUGGUCAUUGUGUUGUUAGCUUUGUCUAACCAAGUAAAGUGGUUUCGCAGGU